UUUAGUUCUUGAAGUCAGUGUGGUUUAAUUUGGGAACAGAUUGUUGAAAUUAUAUCCAUAAACCCAUGCAUAAAUUAACACUGAAGCAAAACUUGACUGAAUUGUGUUCUAUAUUGCGGUAUUCUACUCAAUCAAAACUGCAUCGACUACUCUCUGAAAUGCCGCUAGAUCCAAAGCACAUUGCAGAAGCACAAAAACAACGUCUUAAAUUAAAGCAGAAAGUGAUUAAGACGUCGCCUGGGAUAGUAAAUCUGCAAAUAGUUGGAUCAGGAGCUUUCGGGGCCCCAGCAUCAAUAUAUCUUUUCAGCGACCAAACGCGAUACCUAUUCAAUUGCGGAGAAGGCACACAGCGAUUGGCUUAUGAGCAUAAAACUAAGCUAUCAUGCUUAGAAAACAUAUUCAUUACCCGAACGUGCUGGGAACGGAUCGGUGGAUUGCCAGGAAUUUGCCUAACCAUGCAGGAUGUGGGAGUUCCGAGUGUCACGCUGCAUGGACCCCCAGGCCUAGGAGAAUUAUUCAAAGCAAUGAGACGAUUUGUGGUAUUAAAGGACAUGAAAGUGGAUGCACCGGUUUGUGACGAAAAAAAUAUAUUUGAGGAUCAUGUUAUGACCCUUAAAUAUGUCGAGAUAAACAGUGAAUCGAACUCGACAAACGAUUCUAAGGAAGACGACAAAUUGGUAGAUACUCCGAUUGAUGAUACGGAUUAUUACGCAUAUGAAAAACGUAGUAAAACCGAGCCUGCGACAAAACUGUCGACAACCGGGCACUUUCAGGACUGGACUAAACGUAAGGAAACGUCCGUUAUGGCGUACAUAUGCAAAUUGAAACUGCGAUUUGGACAAUUAUCACUAGAAAAGUGCGUUGACAAGGGAAUAACACCGGGACCAUUGCUAGGUCGUUUGAAAAAUGGCCACGAUGUAACGCUACCCGAUGGAACUGUAGUCAAAUCAAGUGAUGUCCGAGGUCCGGACGACCCAGGGCCAGUGUUCAUUUUUAUUGAUCUUCCCAGUGAAGCAUAUCUUAAAGAUCUGGAAGAGAAAAACGAUGCAUUUGCGCCUUACCAAAAUGCAGCCGCCAGUGAUAUGGACCAAGCCAUGUACGUUGUACACUUUACUGCUUUGGAAUUGAUGCAAACUCCGAGAUACAAGCGGUUUAUGGAUAGGUUUUCAGCUAGUACGAAACACAUUGCAUUGAAUGCAAUUAAUAGUUUUUCUGGUUACGUAGCGUCUCAUCGAAUUCAACACCAUUUAAAUCAACUGGAUCAACAAAUAUUCCCCUUGCUAAAGGAAGAUAAUAACAACUACGAAGAACCACCCAAAGAAAGCAGUGAGCUCGUUAGAUCGUGUUCCCUGAGUUAUUUGCAUGUUAGGCCCAGAAAGGGUAUUGAACGAACUCUAGAAGCUGCUAUUAAUCCAACCGAAUAUCUACAGGAGCUCGAUGUUUUGCCGGAUUUUAAAACAAGCUUGAGUGACGUUCACAGUAAAAUUUCCGCUCUAAACACUAGCCGUAACCAUACGGCUCGCUCUGAAGCAUUUCCGCGAAUAGUGUUUCUAGGAACAGGUUCGUCUAUUCCUAAUAAAACGCGAAAUGUCAGUGCAAUUCUGAUACAUACCAGUCCAAAUACUUCAAUUUUACUCGACUGUGGCGAAGGAACGGCUGGACAGAUUGUCAGGUUCUUCGGUCGUAAUCAAGCGGAACGCAUAUUCGGCACCAUAAAAGCGGUUUAUAUUUCCCAUCUGCAUGCCGAUCAUCAUCUAGGUUUAUUCGGAUUGCUUCAAAUGAGACGCAAACUACUAGGCACAAGCUGUGAUAAAUUGCUUCUUUUCGCACCAGAACAAAUGUCGUACUGGUUGAGGCUUUACGAUUGCCGGUUUGAAUCUUUGAGUGAGGAGUACACCCUUGUAAAAAAUGCUGACCUGAUCGAGCGACCACUAAGCGACGAACGUGUUCUGGAGUUAGGCCUUCGAGAAAUCGCAACAUGCCGCGUGCGUCAUUGUCCGCAUUCAUUUGGCGUUGCAUUGCGAACAGUGGCGAGUGUCAAAGGUGAUGCCGGUGAGGAAGUUAAAAUUACGUAUAGCGGUGAUACGAUGCCCUGCCAGGAUUUGGUCACGCUGGGACAAAACUCUACAGUUCUAAUCCAUGAAGCCACUAUGGAGGAUGAGUUAGAGGCGGAGGCGCGGGUGAAAAUGCACAGCACGUUAUCACAAGCGCUUGAGCAGGGUAAAAAAAUGAACGCGAAAUAUACCCUGUUGACGCACUUCAGUCAACGGUACGCGAAAAUUCCGCGUAUUGAGUCUGAAUUGGGGAAUAAUAUAGGAAUUGCAUUUGAUAACAUGGAAGUAACAUUGGCUGAUCUGCCCGUGUUAUGCAUGUUUUAUCCAGCGUUAAAGGCAAUGUUUAUUAGUCAUUACGAAGAAAUGGAACAAAAGGCCAUUAAACGAGAAAAUAAGAGGAUUCGACUAGCAACCGGUAGCAGCAGAGGAAACAGCAAGGAAUCAUCUCCCAAUAGAUAACGAAACCGAGCUGUUAGCUUUGUUUGAUGGACAUUUGAUAUUGGCGCAAAUUCCAAUGAAUUUAUAACCAGUUAAAGUUAAAUUAUUUUACU